AUGACAUAAGUAAUGACGAUUUUCAAGAAUCAGAGAAAUCUUUUAAUGUCUCUUUCUACCUCCCCACUAUAAAACCCUUCUUUGCAUUUUCUGCUAUAUCCCGCUUAUGCCCAGUGCCCAUAGGCUACAGCUCUAUUUCCCAUUAUUGGAAAGAUCAUGUCAAGUUCUCAAUGCUUGGAGAACCCACCAAUUCUGAACCCAAAUUAUGGGUUGGGUACAGUUCAAGAACUUGGCGGUCUCAAGGCUUAUAUCACUGGUCCUCCUGAUUCCAAGCUCGCCAUCCUUCUAGCUUGUGACGCCUUCGGAUUUGAAGCACCUAACUUAAGGAAGCUAGCAGAUAAAGUUGCAGCAGCUGGAUUCCUUGCUGUGGUUCCUGAUUUUCUCUAUGGUGAUCCUUUUCAACUAGAUAGUCCUCAAUUCAAUCGAGAGGCCUGGCUGAAAAUUCAUGACACAGCUAAAGGAUGUGAAGAUGCCAAAGUAGUGAUAGCUGCACUUAAAAACAGAGGCAUUUCUGCGGUAGGGGCUGCAGGUUUUUGCUGGGGUGGAAUGGUGGUUGUAAAACUAGCAAGCUGUGAUGAUAUUCAUGCUGCAGUUAUAUUGCAUCCUGGUUGGAUUACAGCUGAUGAGAUCAAGGCGGUUAAGGUGCCAACUGCAAUAUUAGGUGCUGAAAUUGAUCAGAUUUCCCCACCAGAACAAAUGAAAGAAUUUGGAGAAAUAUUAGCAGAAAAAUCUGAGUUUGAGAGUUAUGUGAAGAUAUUCCCUGGAGUUGUUCAUGGAUGGACACUUAGGUAUAAUGAUGAGGAUGAUUCAGCUGUCAAGUUUGCAGAAGAAGCUCAUUUAGACAUGUUGAAUUGGUUCACUAAGCAUGUAAAGUGAGAAUUAUGUGGGUGUAUGUGCAUUAAUAAGAAUUGAAGUUGGGAAAAUCAUAGAAUGAGAAUGGGUGCAAGAGAACUGCUUAUUUCUUACUGUAGAAACCAAGUAUAGUUGAGCAUUGAAACUAAACAAAGACAGUCUUCUGCACUAUGUCACCUUAUAUAUAAUUAGCCUCUUCAAGACA